AUGGAAGCUACGAUUUUGGACCGAAAUGCCUACACUAUUGGCUGGAUAUGCGCUCUGGUCGCGGAGUCUGCCGCGGCUCAGGCGUUCCUUGAUGAGCGACAUGAAGUGCCUAAGCAAGUCUCAGAUAGCAACAGCUAUGUCACAGGCAGAAUCGGAAAGCACAACGUAGUCAUCGCCGUCAUGCCUCGGAAUGAGUAUGGAACAACCACAGCUGCUACGACAGCAAAGGAUAUGGUGCGCAGCUUCCCGAAAGUACGACUGGGCUUGAUGGUUGGCGUUGGUGGGGGGCUCCCAAGCCAGGAGCACGAUGUCCGACUCGGUGACGUUGUGGUCAGCAGUCGCAGUAAUGGUACCGGCGGUGUCAUUCAAUAUGAUUACGGCAAAAAGACACAAGGCCAAGUCUUCGAGGAAACAGGCCAUCUUAAUCAGCCACCCACAGCGCUCAUGACGGCCGUGGCUGCACUCGAGGCACAGUACGAACUCGAAGGCCCUCAGCUUGACGACAAGGUGGAAAAGGCUCUGGAGAAGCAUCGAAAGCAUUUCCGGAAGAAGUGCGCCCGCCCGCCAGACAAAACUGAUAGGCUAUAUCGCCCGGAGGUUGUUCAUCCUAACAACAUACCCGGAGAUUGCACGGUCACUUGCGGUAUUGAUCCGGAGCUUUUAGUACCCCGAGUCCCGCGAGACGAUGAUGAUGAUAACCCAGACGUUCAUUAUGGUCUCGUUGCAUCAUCCAACCAAGUCAUGAAAGAUGCUAUGGCUCGGGACAGGCUCAUCGCAAGAGGCGUUCUGUGUUUUGAGAUGGAGGCAGCGGGCUUGAUGAACCACUUUCCGUGCUUGGUCGUACGCGGCAUAUGCGACUACUCCGACAGUCAUAAGAACUCUCGUUGGCAACCAUACGCGGCGAUGGUGGCGGCAGCAUAUGCCAAAGAUUUACUGGGGUGUGUCAAUCCCAUAGUCGUUGAAGGGGAGAAGAAACUUUCGGAACUUAUUGAGUCUGUCGGUGGGAUUGAAUCUCAACAGCGCAAAAAGUAUCUUGAAGAAUGGCUUCGGCCCGCCAACCCGUCGGACAAUGCGAAUCGUGCCAAGGAUCUCCGGUAUGAAGGAACGGGCACAUGGUUCCUGAAUUCUUCCACAUUCAAGGACUGGCUGGAACAUAAACACCGCCAUCUUUGUCUCUAUGGGGCUGGAGGUUGCGGUAAAACAGUCCUCACUUACACCAUUCUUGAACAUCUGCGAAAAAGUCAAAGUGGGGCAAUACUGUACUUCUUUUUCGAUUUCAGUGACGCUCGGAAGCUCCAGAUUGGCUCGGCAGCCAGCCUCAAACAUGUCAAGAUCAUCACAACUGCACGGCGCGAACCUGCUUUCAGGAAAUGGCUAGACCCUGAACUAGCAGAUGCGAACUGUGUAGAACUCGCCAAAGACUCAAUCAAGGCUGAUAUCGAGUCCUACGUCAAAGGAUAUCUAAACCUUAACGAAGGGUUUCACACUCACGCACCAGACCAUCCCAUAGUGAAGCAGAUUCCAGACAGACUCAUUCAAAAAGCUGACGGAAUGUUCCGAUAUGCAGCCUGUCAAAUGGACCAAAUUGUCAAUUGUUUUGACUCCGGCCAAAUCGAGAACGCCCUCAAUGUUUUGCCUGAGACACUCCAUGAAACGUAUAGGAGAAGCAUCGAAAGAAUACCAACCGAACAAAAGGUGCAAGCGAUUCGCCUUCUUCGAUUUCUUGUAAACCUGGACAAGCCACUCGAACUAGCAGCAGCUGUCGACAUUGUGACUGUGUGGUCCGAUUAUCGAGCAUUUGCUGCUGCCGACAGAAUUUGUCCCCAGGACAUCGUUAGGUUCUGCCCAAACCUUUUAUCAAUCGUGGACGUCCAGAAAUAUGCGUACCAUGGGACAUCCGAAUCGUUUGAACUUCACCUGGCCCAUCUGUCAGUGAGAGAGUAUCUUGUGCAAUUGGACGACCCUGCGUUCGGUGGCGUAGAUGCCAGCGUAAGCAUCGCACGCACUUGUCUAUCGUACCUACUCGGUUUUCCUUCAGGAAUUCUGCUGCAUGACCACCCGAUGUACGGCGAGAAUUCCUGGUCGAAAGACACCAAUUUUCCUUUCGGAACACUUGCUGUCGAAAUGUUGAACAAACACGCUGUCACUGCUGAAGGCUCGCGAGAUGGCGUCCUUGAAAUGGCUGGCCAACUGCGAAAGCAUCUCGAAGAAUACCCCUCUGCCCCUCCUCAGUGGCGAAAAGCAAAGCGCCACGAUGUCAACGCAUACGCAAGCUGCCUUCAUUUUGCCUGCUACUUCGGACUUCUAGGAACAACCAAAGCCUUAGCAAACCUAGGCGCAGACGUCAAUUACCGACCCGAGAAUACUCUGAGCCCAAUUGGAAUUGCGGUGCGCAUGAAUCGGAUGGAAAUUGUGCGAUUUCUGCUGGACUUUGGCGUCAGUCCCGACACUACUCAUAGCCAAAGCCUUUACGGGAGUGUUUUGAGGUGCUCCUGCAUAUUUUCCCUGCAUGAGAUUACGAGGCUUCUUGCAAGAAAGGGAGCAGACCUGAACAGACUAGAAGGCGAUGAAAAUAGGAGAGAAAGACCUCUUCAGAUCGCUAUUGAGCGAGUAGAUGUGAAGCUCGUGCGCCUGCUACUUGACGAGGGGGCUGAUGUCAAUGCCGACGGUGGCUACUUGGGCAUUGCUUUACAAGCAGAAGCUGGAUCAGAUUUCGAGUGCGACGAACAUGAAGGAGACUCUUUCGGCACAAGUUUCGUCGCCAGCGAAGCCAGCCGAUAUGAACGCCGUACCCGCCGAUAUGAACGCCGUGCCCACCGAUAUGGAUUCCCUGCGAACCGAUAUGGAUUCCCUGCGAACCGAUAUGGAUUCCCUGCCAACCUCCAUCAAACCCAAGACUACGUAGACAUUGUUGCGACAUUGCUGAAUAGAGGGGCAGAUUCCAACGCAAGUUGCGGCUCUUUCGGCACUGUUCUACAAGCUGCUGCUCGAUCAGGUGUUUAUGAUAUUGUUUCGGUGCUUUUGCAGCAUGGAGCAGACGUCAAUGCCCAAGGCGGCGCUAGUGGACACGCUCUCCAGGUCGCUGUCGAACGGGGCCACGUACGUAUCGUCGAACUUCUUCUGGAUUGGGGCGCAGACUUGAACGCCCCAAGCGGCACUCCUGAUGGAAACGCUCUUCAGACAGCCUUUCGCCUUUACGACGAGUCGGUCAUUGCGGUGCUUCUGGACAGGGGAGCAGAUGUCAAUACUGAAAGCAGUGGUUACAGACAUGCCCUGGAAGCUGCCGCUUGGAAGGGCAACGUGGGCAUGGUCAAGUUUUUACUAGAGAAAGGGGCACAUUCUGGUAAUCAAAGUAAAGCUUGUGGACCUGCCCUCAAAGCCGCCAUUGAGAUUGGGGACAAAUAUAUCAUGGGGCUUUUGCUGGAUAGAGGAGCACAUUUCGAUACCGAACACAACGUCUAUGGACAUGCUCUCAAAGCUGCUGCUAAGAAGGGCUACAAAGACGUCGUUAAGGUUUUGCUCGGAACAGGAGCAAACUUUGAUACUGAAGGCAGCGUUUAUGCAUCUGCUCUCAAAGCUGCCGUGCAGGAGGGCCACGAAGAAGUCGUUGGACUUUUGCUGGAAAGAGGAACACAUUCCGAUAUUGAGGGCAACCCGGUCUAUGGAUAUGCUCUCAGAGCUGCCGUAAAGGAGGGUCACGAGGCAAUCGUUGGGAUUUUGCUGAAGAGAGGAGAAAAUGCCGAUAUUGAGGGCGAAAACUAUGAUCCCUAUCAUUCUGCCCUCCAAGUUGCCGCUAAAGAGGGCUACAAGGAUAUCGUUAAGAUCUUCCUGAACAAAGGAGCAGAUACAGGUGGCCGCAGCCUGGAAAUCGCGCUCUACGUAGCUGCUACGAGGGGGAAUCGAGAUCUCAUCGAUCUUCUACUAGAAAGCGGAGCGAAUGUCAACACCCAAGGUGGUAGCCUUGAGAACGCCCUUCGUGCAGCUAUUACGGGAGGUCACCAUGACCUCGUCGAAAUUUUGCUGCAAAGAGGAGCAGACGUCAAUGCUUCACAGGGCCAGCUUGGAAACUUCUUGGCUAUGGCGUGUGUGCGCGAAUCACCAGAAGUAAUGCGCUAUCUCUUACGAUAUGGAGCCAACGCGACUACAAGCGUUCCAGGUUUCGGGAGCGUUCUUUAUAACACUCUUUACGUGCUUAUAAAGAGGCACAUCUCAUGGGGCGACAAACAGAGGCUUAUACUCCAGAUCCUUCUUGAGGCAGGCGCAGAAAUACAGUCCAGCACCAGCCCCGGAUAUAACUCUUUACGCUUUGCUGUCGAACGUGGGGCGUUGGAGCCUGUCAGAUUAUUGCUCAACUACGGAGCGGACCCGAACAUCUUGUAUGAUGCUUCUCACUACCACUCCAACCAUACUCUUCUCAUGGAGUGUCUUGGCAAGUCUCAGCUAGGAAUCGCCCAAGAACUCCUUCAAUUUGGGGCGGACCCCAACGGAAAGACGUCUCGGCGUCUGCCUGGUCAAACAGCUCUUCAUCUUGCUAUGAACGAAGACUUUGAAGAAAUCGUGCGGCUGCUUUUGCAGAAAGGGGCGGAUCCUGAUCUACAAAGUGGCUUGCCUCCUUACACCCCAUUGCAGCUCGCCGUUAAAAGGGGUUCGAUGAAGUAUGUACGCCUGUUUCUGGAGCAUGGCGCAGAUGUGGAAAUGAAAGGCGGGCUCGGCAAAAACAUCACGGCUCUCAAAUUGGCAGAAAAAGCAGGGAAUGCGGAGAUCAUUCAGUUAUUGCAACAAGCGUCAACCCAGAAAAUGAGUGAAAACUCACAGUAG